UAAAGAUGUUUCUUAUCUGUGAACAGACAAGUGCUGGGAGCCACACCACCAGUACAGCUCUAGAAAUGGAGUGAGUUGUUGCCAUGGCAAACGACUCUAUUUUCACGAACAACUUGCUUCCAUCCGAUGACUGGGAGCUAAACAUCCUCCUUCUGAAGGUGGCUCAGGCUCUGGAAGAAGAUGAUUUUCACAAGUUGAAGUUUUUAUGCACGGGUAGAAAAGGAAUUCCUACCGGCAUUCUGGAAAAGCUGAACACCCCAGAGAAGUUCUUCAACUACCUCCGUCAGAGCAAGAUGAUUUCACGUGACAACCCCUCCUGCUCCAGGCUUUUCUGUGGCACGUGGACCGCAAGGAUCUUCACAGCAUGUCUGCGGACUACGCUCGACGGGUGGGAGACGUCCUGUAUUUCUACGCUCCAGACCCCAAACCGGAGAACGGCUUCACGCACUUGCGAUUCCAUGUCAGCGGCAAGAGUCUCGGGCGUUUUCAAAGAAGCGAACUGGAGGCUUUGAGAUCGCAGGUUUCUCGUCUUUUGUUCGUCCCUCCGGAGUUCAUCUUCCUGUCGGGAGUAGAACCUGCGCAAAGCAUCACCUUGACCUUCAUGGUGCAUCGGAACAUCGAAGCUCCUCUGCCGGACCUGCUCAAGGACCACGGGGACAGCUUCUCCUCCCUCGGAGUGGACCGAGUGUGGUUUGAGGACCAGGAAGUCCGGCUGACAGAAUCACUUCCAAUCUUCAUGGAAUCCAAAGUAGAGCAAAAGUUGUGUGACCUGUUCAACAGAAACCAGAAACUAGAGGAAGAGAUUGUGGAAAAGGAAGUGACGCUAAUGCAGAAACAGGAAGAGCUGCAGAGCGCACGCGUGGAGAGCGCCAGGUGGCAGCACAGAGAGAACUAUUACCGGUCGCUGCUCGUGCGUGCUGUAGGUGACGAAAGACCUGACCUCGCCACCUCUCGUUCUGACCUCGCCACCUCUCGGCCUGAUCUCGCCACCUCUCGGCCUGAACUCGCCUCCUCUCGGCCUGAACUCGCCUCCUCUCGGCCUGACCUCGCAUCCUCUCGACCUGAUCUCGCCUCCACCUCUCGGCCUGUCCCAGUUUCUCAGGACUGUGACAAACACAUCAUCGUGUGAGACCUCGUCGCUGGUCCUGAGGGUGGAUCAGGCCGAGGAUCACAAGACAUGGGUUCGAGUAGCUGCCAUUGUCGGAAACAAGAAUUUAUACAACCUCAACACAGGCCAGUUUUGAUUGGUGGAGCGACUCUUAGCAGCUGUGGGUUAAUGAACAAUACGCCAGCAUUACCAUCACAAGCAUCAUUGUCACCAUUAUAAUUAUCUUCUCAUUACCAUUGUAGGUAAAGGUCACGCUGCCUAAAAAGACUCACACGCACACACAGGGCUGUACCGAUGCUACUGUUUUUCUUUUGAAUUUACUAAAAUUUAAAUUACCCUUAUUUACAGUUUAUUCUAAAAAAUCCGAAAAAUGUAUUUU